AUGUGUGUUGUAGAUGCACGUAGCAGUGCCAGGUUCAAAGGUGAGGUCCCGGAGCCCCGCCCCUCUCUGUCCAGUGGAGGAAUGAAGGGAGCAGUCAACCUCCACUACAGCAGACUACUGGAUGCUCAGUGGGGUACUGUCAAGACCAGGAGCCUUCUGGCCUCAGAGUUCCAGAGGUCAGGAGUGGACUUAACCCAGCCAGUGGUUGCCACAUGUGGUAGUGGUGUCACUGCAGCUAUCAUUGCUCUAGCUGCACACUCUCUCAACACCACCAUCCCUCUCUAUGAUGGGUCAUGGAGUGAGUGGAGACAGAGAGCUCCUCUCCAGACAGUGACAACUGGAGUUACUCAACUAUCACACAACACUCCAUCCUAGUUACUAGUUACAAUGUACCAUCCUCCUUACAUUAUGCUUGUCACUGUAACGAUAAGUCACUACAAUUUUGACAAGUUGUACAAUGAUUCACCAGUCACCAUCAAAAUUGAUAAUUCUUUGUGCCAUGAAUAUUGCAGUGUGUGAAGCGAGAGGUGUUGUCGCUGUUCGAUGAAGUAGCUAAUAAUCUGUGCUUACAAACAGAAGAUAAGUAAAGUACAGUAAUGUGUGUCGAGAAAGUCACGUAAAAAGGUAUUGUGCACUAACGUAGUUGUAACUGUGGCUGUAGUCUAGUCUUUUCACUUUGGCUGGUGUUGCAGUAGAUGCUGUACCACAUCAUUGUGGUUGUUGGCUCUGGCCUUGCUCAGAGCAGUGUUUCCAAACUUAUUAGGAAUGUCUCUGGCCCCAGCUCCUAGCAGUAGUUUCACCACCUCU